GAAGGAAAGAGAGAGAGGAGAGCAGCAGGCUGCUUCCACCCCCAUCGCUCUUUUUUUUGUUACCUCCACCAAGGAGACAUUCAGGAACCACCCAUCGGUUAUUUUUGGGGGGUGGGUUUGUGUUUUUUUGCUUCCCCCACGUCGAAGGAAUCUUGCUCGCCAUGCUGGGCCCGUCUCUUCGUCACGAUUAUUAUUAUCACCAUUGUCGCCGUCAUCGUCACUAGAAGCGACACGGGAUCAUCCGCACCCCCCUCCCUUCCCCGCCCUCCCGCCCCGCAUUCGAGCGCCAGACCGACGGGGAGAUGCGUGCCGGCGCACUGAUGAUGCUGGCGGUGGUCCUGGCGGUCCUCCUGGGCGACCUGAUGCCGCCCUGCGCCGCGGCUCAGAACGCUGGGUUUGUCAAGUCGCCAAUGUCUGAGACUAAGCUCACGGGGGACACCUUUGAGCUGUACUGCGACGUGGUCGGUAACCCCACCCCGGAGAUCGAGUGGUGGUAUGCGGAGAUCAACAGAGCCGACUCCUUCAAGCAGCUUUGGGAUGGAGCCCGCAAGCGCCGCGUGUCCAUCAACACUGCCUCCGGUUCCAAUAGGGUCAGCGUGCUCGGCAUCACGCGCCUCACAUUGGAAGACUCUGGGACCUAUGAGUGUCGGGCGAGCAACGACCCCCGGCGAAAUGACCUUCGGCAAAACCCUGCCUUCACCUGGAUUCGGGCCCAGGCCAUCAUAUCGGUGCUACAGAAACCAAAGAUCAAUGCAUCUGAUCAGAUCAUGCUGCGGGUAGAAUCCCCUCCAAUACCAGUUACCCUGCGAUGCAACCUCACCACUGCCCACACGCCCCACACUGAGAGCUUCUGGAUGAAGAACGGCCGGGAGCUUGCAAACACGCGGACCAAGCAGGGGGAGACAACGCACAGAAUUACUAAACCGCGGGCAGAUGAUUCCGGGGAGUACCUGUGUGUAUACACGUUUGAAAUGGCGCCCAAUGCAAAUGCUACAAUUGAAGUCAAAGCAAAACCUGCUAUCAUUGGCCAUAAAAGAAGUGAAAAUAAAAAUGAAGGGGAGAAUGCAACGCUUUACUGCAAGUCGGUCGGGUAUCCGCACCCAAUCUGGACAUGGCAUAAAUUGGAUGGAACUUCCCCAACGGAAAUCGACAACUCUACUGGACGCUUCUUCAUCACCAGUAGAGACAACUACACCGAGCUCAGCAUCCUAAACCUGGAUAUAAACACAGAUCCUGGAAAGUACGAGUGCAACGCCACCAACGCCAUCGGGACCACUGCCGAGGCCACCAUUGUACGGGUGCGAAGCCAUCUCGCUCCGCUUUGGCCGUUCCUGGGCGUCCUCGCCGAAAUUAUCAUUCUCGUAGUCAUCAUCGUCGUAUACGAGAAACGCAAGAGGCCGGAUGACAUUAUUGAUGAUGACGAACCAGUAGGACCAAUGAAAACAAAUUCAACAAACAACCACAAAGACAAAAAUGUCCGCCAAAGGAAUACGAAAUAAGCAAUGGACUCAAAUGAGACGGCUAAACUGCAAUCUUUCUGGCGACAUCAAAGGUGGAUGGAGCCGCAGGCUAUUUCGAGGAAAACAAUAAAGCAUAUCUUGUCUCAUUUUAUGAGAAACAAUAUCAGCGUAACACUGGCAACAAAGGAAUCAGAAUAAGCAUGCCUUGUCAUGUGGAGAUGUCAGGAUGACGAAUAGUGACUACAAAUCGCCGCCAAGAGGCGUACACAUUUUUUGAUGUGGUGUUGAUGUCUCCUUUAUUGAUUUGAAUAACAGCCCUCGAGCUGGUCCCCUUUUGUAUUACAUAUCAUGUAAAUGCAUGCAAAAUAACGCAAUAGGAUACUCAGAAUAGACAUCUUCUGUUGUUAUCCCUCGUGUGGCUUUUUGUUCUGCAUCCCAAACUAUUUUUUAUAGUCAUCCUUAUAUAAAUAUACAUAUAUAUAUAUAUAUAAUGUCUUCUUUUCCCCCUCUUGAACAUUUGUACAGCAUAUCAUGGUCAUUUAAUGUUUGAUUUUGUGACAAUAAGUCCACUUUUAAUAGAACUUUUAUUGUGAAGCAAGGGCUUCAUUGACAGACAGUAUUUAAAGCUAAUGGAGAGUGAAUACAAAACAUGAUUAAUGUGUGUUUAACUAACUAAAUAUUGAUGGUAUGUGUAUUACUUUAAUUUAUUUUGAGAGUAACUUAGAGUGUCUUGUAUGUGUUGCAGUAUGAGUGUUCAAAUGAUAGGAAAUCUGUACAAUUUUUUUUUUUUUUUUUAUAUUUCCUAAUUUAAUUGAUUUGUAUUUUUUAUUUUCUCCGACUAUAUAGCAUGGCUAUAAUCCUAUGCAAAAUGUAUUCUUGAAUAGAUAAAUGGAGGGCAGUUUGUUUUAAUCAGUCGAGCUUUAAUAUUGUGGGACCCCUUGGAAGCUGGCAUAGCAAAAUUAACUGCUGUAGCUGCAUGACUCCUCCUUUCAAUACAAUGUACUGAUGUGUGUUGCGGUGGGAAUGGACCUGCAUUAACGUGGGAGCAGAUGGACCAGAGUAUAUAGCCACGAUCAAACAUAUGAUUAAGACCAAUAUUUUUUUUCUGAAUAAAAACAUGAAAAAAUG